AUGACGAUCGCCCAAGCUGGCGCCGUGCCGCCCCUGGUCCGACUCCUGGAGCGACCGUUGGCAGAGCUGAGGGAAGCCGGAGCAUCCGCCCUGCGCAUGCUCGCCACGAACAAUGCUGACAACCAAGUAGCAGUGGCUCACGCAGGGGCCAUUCGGCCCAUGGUGCAGCUUCUCUACGAUGAAACGCCCAGCGUCAGGGAAGAGGCGGCCGCUGCCUUAGGGAACCUCGUCUUUUACAACGACGAGACGAACGCGGGAAACCAGGCCGCCAUCGCCGAAGCGGGAGCAUUGCAGAGACUUGGAGUACUACUGCAGGACAAG